AUGAGAGGAUUAAAAGUUAUAGAGAACCAUUUCACUACUUUCGAGGUGCCAUCUACGCAGACAAAAAAAAUUAAUAAACUUGAGUACUAUAAAAGCCUUAGUACUCUUGAUGGGAAGCUAGUCAACCGAUUUAUAUAAAGGGAGAUUAAUCUUGAAUUAUAUGCUAAAUACGAGAAUAUUAUCAAAGAUAAUAAGCAUAUUUUCUAGUAAGAAACAUUCGAAGAGGACCCUAGAGAAAAUAAAAGAGCUAAUGUAAAUAGAAGAUUAAUUAAGUAUUUAUCAGAGGCAAGAAAAAUAUUACCACUUAGAGAGGUAUUCAAUGAUACUUCACUAUUCAUAGCAUUUAUAUUUCCAGUAUAUUUGUAUGAUGAAUCCUUAUCAACAAAGCUUGUAGUUAAUCUCUAAUUAUACUAUAAAACCAUCAUCAAUCUUGGAACUGAGAUACAUGAUGAAUGGGCUAAGAGAUGUGAGGAUGGAGAGGAUAUUGGAUGUUUUGGAUUGACAGAGUUAGGUCAUGGAUCCAAUGUUCGAGGUAUUAAGACUACUGCAACCUAUGAUAAGGAGACAUAAGAAUUCGUACUCCAUACUCCAUCUUAGGAUGCAAUGAAGUUUUGGAUUGGCGGAGCAUCUAAAAGCUCCAAUACGUCAGCUAUUUUCGCUCAGUUAUAUGUUGAUGGAAUUUGUCACGGUCCCCACGCUUUUCUUAUCCCUCUAAGGAACAAAGAGAAUCACAUGCCAUUCAAUGGGAUAACUGUAGGAGAUUGUGGUAAAAAAUAGGGUUUAGAUGGGAUAGACAAUGGAUUCAUUAUCUUUAAUAACUAUAGAAUCCCAAAAUAAAACAUGCUCAAUAGAUUCUCGAACAUAAAUGAAGAAGGAAAGUUUGAAAGUAAGAUAGAAAGUGCUGAUUAAAGAUUUGGUCUUUCUCUUGGAGCCCUUUCAGCAGGAAGAAUUUUACUCAUCAAUGGAUCUUCUGUUGGCCUAUAAUAUGCUCUUAAAAUUGCUCUAAGAUUUGCAGCUCUUAGAACCCAAUUUGGUAAGCCUAACUAAGCUGAAGAAACUUCACUACUAGAGUACCCAUUACAUCAAUACAGACUCUUUCCAAUUUAUGCUUAGUCAAUAGGCUACUAAAUUGCAUAAUAGAGAGUCUUAGAACUCUGGGGUAAGAAUACCAAGAGGUUAUUUGUGCCAAAUAAUCCAAAAUUAGCAGAGGUUCAUUCACUAAUCUCAGUUAUGAAGGCUAUGUCUACCUGGAAUGGAUACAAAGGAUUAUAAGAAUGUAGAUAAGCAUGUGGUGGUCUGGGCUACUCCUACUACUCUAGAUUUAGCAUUAUCAUGAAUAAUAUGGAUGUAAACUAAACUUGGGAAGGGGACAAUAAUAUUUUAUUGUAGUAGACUGGAAAAUAUUUGCUAGAUGUCUUUAAGAUGAAAAUGAAAGGUAAGAUAAAGAAAACUUUUACCUGCGAAUGGAUUAAAACUGAACCUGUUGAAGGAUAAUAGUGCUUGGCUACUAAUGAUGACGAAUUUAUGGUCUAUUAAAAUUUAAUAGAUCUACUUGAAUUCAGAGCUAAUCUGUUACUUUAACGAACAGCCUGGGAGCUCUCAUCAAAACUGCAAGACUAAGAUACUCAUCCAUUAGAUGCUUGGAAUGAUACUCAGGUUUUCUUUAUGCAUGAUUUGGCUAGAGCAUAUGGCGACUUGAUGGUAGUAAGUGAUUUCAAAGAGCAAGCAGAGAAAAUCUCUAUCUAGACUAAAAAUGCAGACACAAUUGAAGGUUUUAAUCUUUUAUUCAAAUUGGAUGCUCUAACUAGAAUUAAUCAAAAUAUUGGAACCUGGCUUGAGGUAAAUUAUCUUAAUGCAGACCAUGCUUAAAGUGUAAGAAAAUAAAUUAAGUCUUGUCUUUAAGACCUUAAGAGACAUAUAAUAUAAUUAACUUAUGGAAUGGCACCUAGUGAAGAAUUGGUGGACAGCAUGAUUGCUCCAAAUGAUGGGAACCUUUUCGAAAGUAUUGUAAGCAGAGUAUUUACUGCUCCAAAAGCUUUUGAAAGAACAGAACACUGGAGAGAAUUAUAUCAAAAAUGA